UCUGUGUGUGUCUGUGGGUGUGUCAGGGUGUGUCUUUAGGGGCGAGAGCAGAGCGAGCGUGCGGUCCCUGCCGAGGCCCCGAGCGGAGUGGCGAGCCUCGGUGGGAGUGCGUGCGGCAGGAGGCCCCGAGCGGGGACGGAGUGCGCGAGUGAGGAGCCCUGGCGGUGUGGUGGCACUGGCGGUGGUGGUGCGGCGCGCGUGUGUGGUGAAGGAAGGUGGACGUCAGUAUGCCGCUGGCCAGUGAGGGGAGCGGGCUGCUGUCGUACGCCCCCGACACGCCAUGGGGGCCGCGCCACUCUACUGGAGGGGGGCAGCGCUCGGAGGGACUCUCGGCCCGCUGCCUCUAGGGGCACCUCCCGCGGCCGCUGAGUGGACACAAUACACUGUUUGCGACAGAACCGGUGGGGGGCGGUGGCCUCGUGGUGCGGGUGGUGGUAGUGGUGGUCAUGGUGGUGGUGGUGGUGGUAGGGGGGGGUGUGGGCGUGCAUGGGCGUGGGUGGUGGUGGCGGUAGCAUGGGCGGCUGUGCUGGCGCCCACAUGCCACGCCAACCCGGACGCCAAGAGACUCUACGACGACCUGCUCAGCUCCUACAACCGCCUCAUCCGCCCCGUGGGGAACAACUCCGACAGACUCACCGUCAAGCUGGGACUCAAACUCUCCCAACUCAUCGACGUGAAUCUCAAAAAUCAAAUCAUGACAACAAAUGUUUGGGUGGAACAGGAGUGGCGGGACUACAAGCUGGUGUGGGAGCCGGAGGAGUAUGGGGGCGUGGAGAUCCUUCACGUCCCUUCUGAGCACAUUUGGCUGCCUGACAUCGUGCUCUACAAUAAUGCUGACGGCAACUACGAGGUGACCAUCAUGACUAAGGCUGUGCUGCACUACGACGGGCGGGUCACCUGGAAGCCUCCCGCCAUUUACAAGUCCUCGUGUGAGAUUGAUGUUGAAUUCUUUCCCUUCGAUCAACAGACGUGCUUCAUGAAAUUCGGGUCCUGGACCUAUGAUGGGUACAUGGUGGAUCUGCAGCACCUCCACCAGCAGCGAGGAAGCAACCUGGUGGACCCCGGCAUUGAUCUGAACGACUACUACAUCUCAGUGGAGUGGGACAUUCUGAAGGUGCCCGCCCUCAGGAACGAGCGCUUCUACCCGUGCUGCCAGGAGCCCUACCCUGACAUCUACUUCAACAUCACCAUGAGACGCAAGACGCUCUUCUACACCGUGAACCUCAUCAUCCCCUGCGUAGGCAUCUCCUUCCUCUCCGUGCUGGUGUUCUACCUGCCCUCAGACUCCGGGGAGAAGGUGUCCCUCUGUAUCUCCAUCCUGCUCUCCCUCACCGUGUUCUUCCUCCUGCUGGCGGAGAUUAUCCCCCCCACCUCCCUCGCCGUGCCGCUGCUGGGCAAGUACCUGCUCUUCACUAUGAUCCUCGUCACGCUCUCCGUCAUGGUCACCAUAGGGGUGCUCAACGUCAACUUCCGGUCCCCCUCCACGCACAAAAUGGCCCCCUGGGUGCGCAAGGUAUUCAUUGACCUCCUGCCCAAGUUCCUGUGGGUGGAGCGGCCCAGCAAGGAGGACGAGGGACCCGACGAGGUGACGGCGGGCGGCGACACGUCCUUCACGCCCUCCAGCGACGGGUUCGACAAGUUCCCCUUCGAUGACCACCCGUACGACAUCCCGGCCAUCCCGCCCUCGCCCUACGACCGCGACAGGUACGGGGACGACCACCUGCCGCUGCCCGCCCCGGAGUGCCACGCCCAGGUGCACGCUCCCGAGGCCGCUUUCGUGCAGGAGCUGGACGAUCCGCGGCCCUACAACGACCACCGCACCCUCAGGAGUAUUGAGUACAUAGCGCAGCACAUGAGGAACGUGGACUCCUUUUCAGAGAUCGAGGAUGACUGGCGGUAUGUGGCAAUGGUGCUGGAUCGCCUCUUCCUGUGGAUCUUCAUGGUGGCGUGUGUCUUGGGAACCUGCGGCAUUAUCUUCCGGGCGCCUUCCCUCUAUGACACCACCCUGCCCAUCGACAUCCAGCUGUCCAAGGUGGCUCAGCGGCGCAGGGACAUCAUGGGCCCCGAGGAAUAAUGGCUAGCUGUUGUAGUUCUUAUAUCGCGGCGUUGUUUUUUGUACCGCCAUCCGGGAGAAAGUUUCUGACAGGGGGUUUUCGUGAAGACGUUUCGUGAAUGAUGCUGAUGAUGAUGGUUAUGAUGUGUGGUGCUUGAGCGAUCAUUGUGUUGGUGAUGGUUCAUUAAGUACAACAAACUCGUGGGGAGAAAAUAAAUAAUAAAAAAGAGAGAUAAACAGUUGAACCGAGACGUAAAAGGUUAUAUAUAGACAUUCAUAUUAACACUCAACAGUCACUUGGUCUGCGUUUAAGACAGACAAGUGAAGAGGGUUCCGAUGCGCGCGGCGUGUGGUGCCCGCGAUGCAAGACUAGCGAAGUGUUAAUUGUUGUCACAGGUGAACGUGUUGGCGUGAACGUGACGCGCGUGUGCCGGUGUGUCUGGCCGCGCGUGACGGCAGGCAGGCGCGGCGCAGGCUGGAAUGCACGCCGCCAACUGGAGGAAAGGGGAAAUAUAAUGCUCAAAAUCUCGAACAAAACAUAUUAGCUGCUAGAGUUUACGUUCAGCAUUUAUUUUUGUAUGUUACGUAGAUGAUGUGGUUCAAUUGUUUCAGCCGCCGACGCCGCCAUCUUGUCCUGAGAGGCGAGGUGCGUGGGUGUCUGUAAGGCUUCUUCUUCUUCUUCUUCCUCUUCUUCUUCUCUUCUUAUCACCUUCCUUUCUCUUGCAUCUCUAGGUAUCGAGGGAUUUUAAGUUCAGGUGAGUCGUUUAAGGCGACUUGAUAUUCUCUCUCUCUCUCUCUCUCUCUCUCUCUCUCUCUCUCUCUCUCUCUCUCUCUCUCUCUCUCUCUCUCUCUCU